CUAUUGAAACAGUCCAAAGUGGCAGAGGUAGCCAUGGAAAGCAUGAAGAAGCAGCUGUUAGAACUUCAGCGGUCAGAUGCGCUUCAGCGAGCCCGAGAGCAACAUGAGGCCAUUAUUUCAGCACUCAAGCAAAAGUAUGAAAAGCAAGUUACAGCAUUAGAGCAGAAACUUGAUACUACAAGCUCUGCGCUCCGAGAGCAGAAAGAGCUUUGCAGUCACCUAGGAGAACAUGUUAAGCAACUUGAAAGAACACUAGAAGAAAACAAAUGUGAAAAAACUGAAAUAAUAAACCGACUGACAAAGAGCCUAGAAGAAAGUCAAAAGCAAUGUGCAAACCUACUGCAAACAG